CAGGUACACAUCUGGCCUCAAGACAUGUCCUGCUGUGACCAGUGCGUGCCAUGCCAGCCCUGCGGCCCAACUCCUCUGGCCAGCAGCUGCAAUGAGCCCUGUGUCAGGCAGUGCCAGCCCUCCACCAUCGUCAUCCAGCCCUCUCCCGUGGUGGUGACCCUGCCCGGACCCAUCCUCAGCUCCUUCCCGCAGAACACCGCCGUUGGAUCCUCCACCUCCGCUGCUGUUGGCAGCAUCCUCAGCUCUGAGGGUGUACCCAUCACCUCGGGGGGCUUGGACCUCUCCUGCAUUUCCAACCGCUACUGUGGCAGAAGGUGCACCCCUUGCUAA